AUGGGUGGUUAUGGAAAAACCACUCUAGAAAAGCAUAUAUAUAAUCAGAAAUAUCCGUCUAUAGGAAGAUCUAGUUUUAUUUUUGAUGUUCGGGAUGUUGCAGCCAAAGGAGAGUUGCAUAAGAAGCAGAUACAGCUACUCCAAAAUCUUGGCUUCAAUUGUGAAGCAUUUGACAGUGUAGAACAAGGCAAGGGGAUUCUUUCUAAUCGGUUGAGAUCUGUUCGUGUACUAAUCAUUUUGGAUGACGUGGACCAUACAGAUCAACUAGACUCACUAUUUCCUGCAAAAGAUAGCCUUGGAUGGGGGAGUUUAAUCAUUAUUACAACACGGGAAAAGGAGGUCCUCAAACGUUGGGAGAUCUGCAUUUAUAGAAUGAAACCAUUCAAUCAAAUUCAUGCUGAGAAGCUUUUUUGUUGGCAUGCAUUUUUACAACCUUUUCCAACGUUGGGAUUUGAGAAACUUGUUACAAAGUUCUUAAAUGUUUGUCAUGGGUUACCUUUAUCUUUAAAGUUAGUUGGAGGCCAACUUUAUGGCUGCUUUAGAAAGGAUAUAUGGGAGGAUGUAUUGCAUAAAAUUUCUAAAAUAAUUCCCAAUGAUAUCAUAAGUAGGCUAAAAGUUAGCUAUGAUGCUUUAGAUAAAGAAGAGAAACAAAUGUUCCUGGAUAUGCCAAUGACUGCUAUUGCAGCAUGGGAAGGAUCAGGGUGGAUUGAUAAGAAGAAUGAUAUUGAAUGCAACAACUCAGACCCUUCCCAAGUAUCUCGCUUCUCUGUUGAAUCCAAGCAUAUGGCUUAG